CUGUGAUGGCGGCUACUGGGGUUUUACGCGAUGGCGCUUCUCAAGCUCCAGCCCGGGAGCAUCCAGAUCUCUUCGUUUCUCUCCUCGUCUUCGCAGCGAUCGCAGCACAGGGUUGUAGUCUCCAGGCGGCGCAAGCAAUGCGGCGUCGUGACGAUGGCGCUGAGCGAGAAUGGGCCGACUGUGGCUGUCGUUGGCGUGACUGGCGCCGUCGGCCAGGAAUUUCUUAGUGUUCUUGACGAUCGCGAUUUCCCGUAUGGCAAGCUUAAGCUCCUGGCUAGCAAGAGAUCCGCCGGCAAACACAUGACGUUCCAGGACCGGGACUAUGUCGUGGAGGAACUCACGGAUGAGUCCUUCAAUGGUGUCGACAUUGCUCUCUUCAGCGCUGGUGGAUCUAUCAGCAAGGAAUUUGGACCAGUUGCGGUCGACAAAGGUGUGAUUGUUGUCGACAAUAGCUCCGCGUUUCGAAUGGUGGAUGGUGUUCCCCUUGUCAUUCCUGAGGUAAAUCCAGAUGCCAUGGCACACAUAAGAUUGAGCAACAAAAAGGGAGCUCUCAUUGCCAACCCAAACUGUUCCACGAUUAUAUGCCUCAUGGCUGUCACACCUCUUCAUCGUCACGCUAAGGUAAAGCGCAUGGUCGUGAGCACUUACCAAGCUGCGAGUGGAGCUGGUGCCGCUGCCAUGGCGGAGCUUGAGCAGCAAACGCGUGAGGUCCUGGAAGGAAAAGAGCCUACGUGCAAAAUUUUCAACCAGCAGUACGCUUUCAAUCUCUUCUCCCACAACUCGUCCGUCAAGGAAAAUGGCUACAACGAGGAAGAACUUAAGCUUGUGAAAGAAACUCGAAAAAUCUGGGAUGACGAUGAAGUCCGUGUCACAGCUACUUGUGUUCGUGUCCCCGUGAUGAGAGCUCACGCCGAAAGCAUUAAUCUACAAUUCGAAAAGCCAGUGGACGAGGUAGACUUGUGUCGAGCACGAAUGAUGUUGCUGUGGGAAGGAUACGGCGCGAUCUCUCUCAAGAUGGCCACCACGGGUGAGCACAUUUUAUUUUUUCCGUUUGCACUGUGGAUUUCACCCAGGAAAACGCUCGCAUUUUCUAUCAGGCUAGACAUCUUCGUGUGCGGCGAUCAAAUACGCAAAGGAGCAGCUCUCAACGCCGUGCAAAUCGCCGAAAAGCUCUGGUGAUGGUGGGAGCUCACGAAGAACAGGCAAAAAAAAAAAAAAAAUCAUAAGAAAGGAAGAUUUUUUUUA